GAUGAUGGCACCUGAUCGCAGUGACGGUGUUACUUCAUGUGCUUGUAAAGGCAUCCGGCGGUGUCUCAUGUGUGAAAAGUUUAAGGGAAAGGGACAGCUGGAGGCGAGUGAACCUCAGGUUGUACAUCAUUUCCACUACAAUCCUGAGACGGGGCUUGCCAUUUGCAAAGAUGCUGAGGCUGCAUCCUUCCCCUUUCCUGGUGUCUUCCUGUGGGAAAACUUCAUAUCAGAAGAGGAGGAGAGGGAGCUGAUAAACACGAUGGACCAGGAUGUGUGGAAUCAGUCCCAGUCUGGUCGAAGGAAACAGGACUUUGGUCCAAAAGUGAACUUCAAGAAAAGGAAAGUGCGUGUGGGCGGCUUCAGUGGACUCCCUGCUUUAAGCCAAAAACUAGUGCUCAGGAUGCAGCAAGAGCCAAGUCUAGCAGGCUUCCAACCAGUGGAGCAGUGCAAUCUGGAUUACCAUCCUCAGCGAGGCUCCUCCAUCGAUCCACACCUAGAUGACUCCUGGUUGUGGGGGGAGCGCCUGGUCACCAUCAACAUGUUAUCAAACACUACACUAACCAUGUCGCUUGAACAGGGUCUGCCUGAGUUGGGACUAGGAGAGGAAGUCCGUGUAGCUGUGCAUCUUCCUCGCAGAUCUUUAGUCGUGUUGUACGGUGAGGCGCGACAUAGGUGGAAACAUGCAAUUCAUAGGGAGGAUGUUCAUGAGCGCAGAGUUUGCAGCACUUACAGAGAGCUGUCUGCCGAGUUCUUACUUGGAGGGCAGCAGGCAGAGCUGGGAGUUCAGCUGUUGAACAUUGCUUUGAGCUUUCAAGGAACUCCGAUAUAAAGUAAUCAGAUGAUGCAAAAAAAGAUUGUACUACCAGAGUCUAGACUACUUGCACAUGUCUUGGACUGUGUCUCAUUUCAGGUGUGCCUCCCUAAACAGUCCUUCUGUGUCCUUCAGAGGGCUGAGGGUUUGUAGACUGAAGCUGUGCUCCCUCACCAAACACGACAGUCUACAGAGGAGUCACAAUACAGUCGUCGUCAGUUCCUGCCAACUUCAAAAUCGACCAGUUGACCAGUGCACAGUGGAUUUUGGAAUAUGCAAGACUACAAAGGAUACAGUUGCUGUGGCUCAAAAUUAGGGCAAAAGAAGAAGAAGAAGGAGACGACCACACAUCUUUGCUGCUUUUAGUGCAGCCUUUGUCUUGAAUUGUGGACUUAAAAAAAGAGGUGGACACUGAAGCGGACUCUGGUUCUUUGGCUAUUUGACUUGUCUGGUCCCAAUUAAUAUUGAAACUAUCAUUCUGUUUGUCAAAAACCUGUCUCAGGCAAUUUAAGGUACUACAGGUUUUGUUAGACCCGUGAGUCAACAAUGCUGCUGAGACUUAAUAAACUGAUAAGUCAGAAUCUGCUCAAUGAAUAUUCAAAUGUUAAAUACUACUGAGGAGAACUGUCGUCCAACAUUAGAUCAAAAAAAGGAACAUACAGUGUUUAUGAGGUUGUUGCACCAUGAGCUUCCAGAACAGCGAGAGCGCUCCUUCAUUUAGAGUAUUGUGGUGGUGUCCAUUCAAAGCAUAGAAGCUUUAGUGAAUUGUUACAUCAUAUGGGAAAAGACUUAACAUCCUCUAUAAAGCCAAUAUGAUGGUGAAAGCAAAAAGUGAUUUGAUAAAUUAAACCACACAUUUCUAUCGAAUGGAAUAAUAUAAAUUUAGUGAUUAAAUUGUAGGGUUUUUUUCAAGGUUUCAGACCUGCUGUCCUUCACAAAUGUAACUGUUAGUAUUGUUGUCAACAACAUGAAUAAGCAGUUGACGCCAGAUACAGAAAAAAAUUAACUAUUAUUGGUUACAUAGAAAUAUGCUAAUAGAAUAUACUGGUUACCAGUCUUUUACACUAAUAUAUAAAUGCGUGGAAAUUGAAUUAAAACUUUCAAAGUCACAAAAGUGAAUCUAAAGAACUUCUGUCACCUGAAACUACUCUGUACUGCAGCUGUGCUUGUUUCUCUUAAAUUAUCCUUAAAUGGAUUAGUAGUUGCAAACCCUCGAUCUGAAGCUGUUUGCACAGUUUGUACAGGACAAGAAACCCAUGCAGAAGGAGGUCCAAAGACUCCAGACCAGCUGUCUUUAGAGACAGUAUUUUCUGCAGUCCUCUCUCUUUUUCAUCUUUGUAUUUUAAUAAAAAAAGAAA